AGGCGGGGCAACCUUCCCAAGCAGGUGACGGAUCUUCUUCGAUCGUGGUUUCAUGAACAUCUUUCCCACCCCUACCCAAGCGAGGAAGAAAAGCAAGAACUCAUGCAGAGGACAGGCCUAACGAUGAGCCAGGUGAGCAACUGGUUUAUCAAUGCUCGGCGCCGCCAAUUA